UAACCUCAAUCUCCUCAAUCUCACCUCUAACCACCUCAUCCACAACCGCCCACCAUGGCAUCAACCAACAACCCCCUCUCCAACACCACCAGCCCCUCCCCCUCCUCUUUCCCCCCACCAAAAUCCUACAACAUCGCCGGCAUAACCGUCUCCAUCCUCGGCCUCUCCUCCCUCCCUCAAAACUGCACCUCCCUCACAAUCCUCUACCUCCUGCACCCGCGCCUCCAAUCCGCCUCCACCAUGCUCCCCAUCGGCACCCACAUCCUCACCUCCUGGGCCGCGCACCAAGCUUCCCUCCCCCCCUCUCACCCCUCCAAAUCCGCCGGUCUCCUAGCCCUAACCUUCGACCAACGCAACCACGGCGCGCGCCUCGUGGACCCGGUGGGUAACGAUUCGUGGAGGGAUGGGAAUCCAAGGCACGCGCAGGAUAUGUUUGGUGUCUAUAAUGGGACGGCUACGGAUGUGUCGUUGUUGAUUGAUCAUGUGGGGAGUUAUAUCGCUGAGGAUUUCCAGGGGGUUAUGCCGGAGAUUGGGAGGAAUUUGGUGUUGGGGGUUAGUCUGGGGGGCCACGCGGCGUGGCAGGUGCUGUUUGCGGAGCCGAGGGUUGAGGCGGGGGUGGUGGUUAUUGGGUGUCCGGAUUAUAUGCGCGUAAUGACCGACCGCGCGCGUCUCUCCAAACGGCAAACAUACACCCUCGACGCCGGGGCCACCUUCCUCGGCAGCCGCGACUUCCCCCCCUCCCUCCUUUCCGCGAUCCAAAAAUGGGACCCUAGGGGAAUCCUCUUCGGCGCCCGCGAAAUCCCCUCUCACCCCCCCACACAAGACUCCCCCCGCGAAGAGGCGCGCUUAAAGGAUAUCCUAGAAUCCAGGGUGAAGGGGAAAUCAGUGCUGGUGUGUAGUGGUGGUGCGGAUAAAUUGGUGCCGUAUAAGGCGUCGGAACCGUUUUUGGGGUGGUUGAAGGAGGCGGUUGGGAGGGGGGGGUGGUGGGAGGGAGGGAUGGGGGUUAGGGAUGUGGUGUAUGAGGGGGCGGGACAUGAGUUUACGGAGGCGAUGGUGAAAGAUUCUGUGAAAUUUGUAGUAGAGUUGAUGGAGGGGAGGGGGGUUGAGAAGGGGUCGAAGAUUUAAGGGGUGGUGAAAGUGGCUGAUAGAGGGGUAUUGAAGACAUAAGUCAUAGCAGGCUGGCUGUCAGAGAGGGGUUGCUUGAAUAGCUCUACAUAGACCGGGCAUACUAGAAUUUUGAGCAGCAAUGGCUAUAGCAAAAUACCAAUCAACCAUCAAGAUCAGCAGUCAGGGUA